AUGACCCGCAAAAUCACCAACUACACAUUAACCGUCACCGCCGGGCCCACCCGCGAUAUCUCCUCCCACGUCCCCGUCCCCGUCAAUACCGAACAACCACUUCACUUCGACACAAAUCUCAUUUCUACAGAUUUAUUCGUUCGCAUACAAAAUUAUCGCGGAACUGAUAAAACCCUCCCCUCAACAUCUCCAUACUUCGAAACACCACCACACUCCACGAAUAAAGAUAAAUACUCCAUUUCCUUCUCACCUUUAAUAUUCAAGGAUUCAUCAAUAAACGGCGACGAUUUAGUCCUGGGCAAUGACUUUGACGAGCCGAUUUCAAAAAACUUGCCGCCGGGGUUUAGUGUUGCCUGGAGAGUUGCAAGAUGGGUCGUAGAUCCCGGACUUGAUGGCGAUCCAUGGGCUGAGAAACCUUGGUUGGAAGGAAGGGUUUUGAGUAGUGUGAAUGUUAUCGAUAUUGGAGAUCGAGAUGAUAAGAAACAAGCUGGUGAAGGGGUAGAUGUUCUUGAAGAAGGACUAUAUAAAUCUAAAUUGAAUGCCGAAGAAGGUUCCGAAGAAGAGAUACCGAAAGAUGGAGCUGCAAGGAUGAAAUUCUUUGUUCAACAGGAAAAGAGGAAGAAAUUUGUGUUCGAAAAGGGGGAGAAGUAUUGGAUGGAUUUUUAUAAUCCGUAUCUUGACUUUAAUGAGUUCGCACUCCACUUACCGGGUAUUUCAAUACAUAUUCUACAGUAUUGGGAUGGCCAACCGCUUCGCUAUGUGCUGAAGAAUCGGGUUGAUCAGACCGUUUACCUGGUUGUGCAGUUUACACUAACUCCGAAGGAGGAUGUUGAUACUGACGAAGAAGACGAGGAUGAUGAUGGCGAUGAUGAAGAGGAUGACGAAGGGGAUGACGAAAUAUUUGAAGACGCUCGACAGAGUGAAGGGACGACCAGCCAGAAAAGUACGAAUCCGGCGGUUCAGACGAGUAACGACGAUAUAGACUGA